UCAAAGCUCAACAGUCAAGUUUGCCGGCAAAUAAUUGACUGUUGGAAUUACAAUAUUUUUUAAAGUGGUGAUAAGCUUUGCUAAAGUUUUCGAAGAUGUUCAAGUUGUACUUGUUUAAUGUGAUUUGCAUCAUUCUCGCUAUACGAAGUGCUUUCAGUGCCGAAAUUCCGGAUACAAAUGAGCAAAAAAUUAACAAUUACUUGGCAUCCGGAAAGGACAGUGAAGAACUUAAUAAAAGAGCUGCAGCAAUGUGGUUCGGACCUCGUCUUGGAAAACGAACAAUUCCCUCCGAGCUACAUGACGAAUUGAUGGACGAAAUCGAUGAAAACCCUUUGUAUUACUCAGGUGAAUCGCCGCAGCUACUGGCCUCGGAAAUCGCCCGAGGAACUCCGUACGUCGUACUGGUGCUGACCGGUCGUAUCCUCAGACAACCUCAGCCCGUAUUCUAUCACGCCACUGCCCCUAGACUUGGCCGUCGUGACUCUUCGUCGUCCAACGAAAACAACUCCAGGCCACCAUUCGCCCCGCGACUCGGAAGAAACUUACCGUUUUCCCCCCGACUAGGAAGAUCUUUCAAUGGACCAGCAAUCGACAAUUUUGUUUACUAAGUGACUGAAGGUGUGUGAUGUGAGAGGGCACUAUCCCUCCAAAACGAUUCAGUAGGCCGUUUCGAUUGGAAUUUGUAAAUUUUUCAAUAUGGCUGGAAUUUCAAUGGGAUCUGCUUACUGCAACGGAUAUUUGUAUAAAAAGAUUUUUGUGUAAUUAGAACGACUGUGCAAACCGGAAUAAACUUAAUA